AUGAAGAGACGAAAUGUUCGGACGGAGGGCCAAACGUCUUCCGAUCAAAUGUUCAGAAGCAGCAAUGGCAACAAGAACUUUGUUGUUAAGGCGAUAGCUUCUUUGGACGCGUAUCCCAAAGUGAAGGAGGAUUACGCCCGAGGAUCGACUUUAGGCGCUGCAAUCACCUUAAUCUGUUUCCUCGCCUGCUUGUGCUUGUUUUUCAGCGAAUACCGAACGCAUCUGGUGAGCAAAAUAGAGAGCGAGCUGGAUGUCGACACCAUGGGAGUGAAUAAAUUUGAAUCGAACGCCGAGCGGUUACACGUGUACGUGGAUGUAACAUUUCACAGCUUGGCGUGUGAGUUGAUUACUCUAGAUAGUUUAGACGCGGCGGGAGAAGUCCAUCACGACGUCCACGACGGACACAUCACGAAGCGGCGUUUGGACCGAGACGGAAAACCAAUACCACGACGCGAUUCAUCUGCGAAAGACGACGUCGCGGUUACUCGCGAAAAACCAAACAAACACAAACACAUAGAAAAGUUAGUUCGGGAGAAGGAAAAGGAGGAGGAAGGAAAGAAGAACGAAGGAGAACAAGAACAAGAACAACAAGAACAAAAUCACGAACAACACGACGAAAAGAGACGUAAGCUUCAGAACACGGCGUUGGCUGGUUUUGGAGGCGGAUUCUUUGAUAUCAACGCUUUAAUUCACGAGCAGUUUCCAAACGGACUCGAAGAGGCGUUUAAGAACAAAAACAAGGAAGGAUGUGAAGUGAUGGGAUAUUUGGAAGUCAAUCGCGUUCCAGGAUCUUUUUCAAUAUCGCCAGGAAAGUCUUUGCAAAUCGGCAUGUCUCAUAUUCAAUUGAAUGUCGUCUCCCAUUUGAACAUGUCUCAUACCAUUAAUAGACUCGCAUUCGGUGAAGCAUUUCCGGGGGCUCUGAAUCUGUUGGAUAAGAAUACAAGAUAUUUACCUCCCAACGCCGUCCAUCAGUACUUUCUCAAAGUCGUUCCGACUUCGUUCGCUCGACUGAAAGAUACCACUUUGGCGACGAACCAGUACAGCGUAACUGAGAGUUCAUCGUCCGCGAAACAAAGUUUCUUUGGCAUGGGUAGCAGUGGAAAACCGUCAGGAAUAUAUUUCCAUUACGAACUGAGUCCUAUUCGAAUAGACUUCAAGGAGAGGAGAAAUAGUUUUGGAGAAUUCAUGCUGAGCGUGUGCUCGAUAAUUGGCGGAGUGGCAACAUCAUCUGGAAUCCUUCACAAGCUCAUCGUAUUCAUUCAAACCCGAGCGCGAAGUAAAAAAUAG